CCGCGCUUCAGUUGUAGUUCUCGUGAGCGCUGCUGCGUCGGAGCUAGCUUCUGUAGUUCUAUGCUCCUCGGUAGAUGAAAUUAGCAGCGGACAGACUUCCUUUUGGCUAAAUCACAGCUGUUGUUACUUCUUGCUUCUCUAGGCUCUCGACCUAAGCCAGAUCAUGUCGGACUUUUCGCUGGCAGAUGCAUUGGGAGACACCGCUCCAAAAGAGGCCGAAAAGAUCGGGAACACCAACCCCACAAACCCCUCUGCUCCUCCGCCCUCUAACCCUGGCUGGCCUGGCUCAGCCCCUGGUGCUCCGUCUCAGCCCUCAGGUCAUGGGGGGCAGUAUCCCUCUGGAUCUCCCUACUCUGGUCCUGGAGCUCCAUCGGGGCCCUACCCUGGCCCGCCCUCUGCCCCUGGUGGGUUCCCUCCUCCUGGGCCCGGCAUGCCUGGACAGUUCCCUCCCGGAGCACCAGCUCCUGGUCAGUUCCCCUCCAGCCCGGGGGCACCAGGGCAGUUUCCUCCACACUACCCGCCUGAGGGGGUGCCAGGACAGCUGCCCGGAGGCCCUGUGCCCUACCCCUCCGGACCCUUUCCCUCUGGGCCUGGAGCACCCGCAGGACCCUACCCCAAUGUGCCUUUCCCUGGAGCUCAGCCCGGAGCUCCUGGUGCAUUCCCACCUGGUUCUGGAGGCUUCCCACCCUUCCCCUCCGGAGGCUUCCCUCCGAUACCCCCCGGCUCAUGGGGGGCCCCUGCUGGUGGGGGCUUCCCUCCUGCUCCGGCUCCGUUUGGUGCUGGUCCUGUGGGUCCUUAUGGAGGUCCUAUGAUGGUGCCCUUUGACCUUCCACUCCACGCUGGAAUAAUGCCCAGACUCUUAAUCACGAUCGUGGGUGAACCUGUGCCUGGGGGAGAAAGGUUCCAGGUGGACUUCAUGAAGGGCUCAGACGUUGUGUUUCAUUUCAACCCUCGCUUUCACGAAAACACCAUUGUCAGAAACUCAAACCUGGGCGGGUUCUGGGGCCCCGAGGAGAGAGAGGCACCUUUUCCUUUUGUGCAGGGGCAGAGGUUUGAGUUGAAGAUCCUGGUGGAGGAGGACAUGUUUAAAGUGGCGGUGGAUGGGACACACCUGCUGGAGUACGAGCACAGAGUGGGAGGGCUGGAGGAGGUGACGCUGCUAAGAAUCAUGGGAGAUGUAGUUCUCUACAGCGCAGCCCCUAGUAUGAUCUGAACCACUGUUUCCACUCUCCUCUGGUUUACACUCACAUAACUGACAAACAGGGCUCCUAAUGUGUGCAAGAAUGGACAGAUUUUUGACAGAAACAUCAAAUUAAACAGAAUAUUGCAGUUUUUUAAGCCAUUGUUCAAUUAUAUUUGUGAGGUUCAGAAAUGCCCAAAGUUAAAGAUCCUAUAUUAUGCAAAACUAAAUAUAAAAAUACUAAUUUUGCACAGAGAAGUGAAGCAGUUUCAAUGAGGCUAGAACUUCAAAGUUUGGCAAUUCCAUGAAAUGAUCCAAAUGAUUCUAGUGAAGGUGUGUUGAGUUUAAAAACAUAGUGGAGCACUUCCUGUAUUACCACAUGAUGACAUCACAAUGUGGAACAGAAUGUUUUCAGUUUGAGUAAAAAACAAAGCCUAAAUAUGCAGGGUUUGUGUGUUAAACAUGUGUGAAUGAAACAAAACACAACUCCAGCUCUGUUUGUGAUGAGGAAACUACAUGAGAACAGACAUCAGAGAAUAGUGCACUACAGGCCCUUUAAGUUGGACAUACAAUCAGUAUUUUGUGGGUUUUAUAGGUUUUUGGUCUGAACAGUUUUCCUCAUAUAUAAUAAACAUUUUAAAGCUACCAUCUGUAUUUAGACUGGCCGACCUGCCCCUAUUGUAUUCUCACAUAUCACUACUAGAAGCUGUCUACAUUACUGCUGUUCUGUCUGAUAGUGUGCCAGCUUUGGUCUGACAGAAGAAGAAUAGAGAGCACAGGUGAGUCUGAACAAAGGCCAGGAGAGGGGGGAACCUCUAACUUAAAAAAGUUCAAAUUUUUAAGUUAGAGGUUCAUUGUUUCUUUCAUAAUAACAAAUGGACAGUAGUAAUGAGUUUGUGUUAACCACAAAGCACAGUUGUUUUAAGUACACGCCAGUGUUUAUAUGGACCUGUAACUCAAAGUGAAUGUACCUUUAGUCUGUUUCUGGGAGAUGGAGGAAACAUUAAUUUUUGUUUUCAAUAUUAGUGUCUCUGUAAUCCCUCGGUCGUCCAGGUAUGAGCCAUAGUAUAAAGAAAAAUUCAAAUCUGUAACUGUGUAGCUAACUCUACCUGACUGAGAUCCUGGCUCAGAAUCGGAGAUGGGUCCAGUGAUUCGGACAGGUUUAGCUCCAAUAGCAUUGGAUGGGUCAAAUGCAGAAGACCGAUUUAGAAUUGGAGACUAUGAUAUGACCCUAUACUGCUAAUUAAACCCAUAAUCAAUUACAAAUUAUAAUGAUUAAUUAGUAAUAUUUAAAUAGUAGUGUGCCCAAUACUUAUAUAUACAGAUGUUUUAUGUGGAUGCCAAACAUUACCCAGUGCAAUGUAGAAAGUUAAAGCUGCACUAUGUAACUUUUCCGGUGGAGAGUCCGCCACCUGCUUGCAGAGAUGUUACCGCUUUGUCUGGAAUAUUUCACAUCUAUCUCCACAAAGACAAAGGUCAAAUGGUGAGGUGCCCCAAUAAUAAUAAGAAUAAUAAAACUCCUGUAAUUAAGAAGUUUAAUGCCAUACAGGGGAACAUUCCAGGUAAAGCUAUAACAUUUCCAGAGAGAAUGCCAAAAGCUUCUCUAGAAAUAUACAUGUUGCACCUUUAAAACCAAAUACAUCUAAAAAGCACACUCCCUGUACAAUGAGUCUAAGAUCAUGAUAUCAUGUUGGUUUGCUUGUAAAAAUGGAGCCCUGUUUAACUGUUCACUCGACUAUCCUCUAAUAUGUUUAUUUCUGGUUUGACAAUCUCCCUCAAAACUGUCUCUUCCUGUCUGUUCCUUUUUUAUAACCACUUCCAAUAGAAUCUCACAUUAUCAUACACCGUAGGUAACAGCAGGUUUUUGAAAUAACUUGACUAAUUUACACCAAACUCAAUAGAAGAAUUUGAAGUGUGCGAUGCAACCAUAAACUGUUUAUAUAAAUGGACAUAGCUAACCUGCUAGCCGCAAUGUUCUAAACAGGAAGUGAUCAUGGGCACACUUCCGGGUCCGACUCUGGCUCUGGGUGACAUCGUACUCACUCACUCCACUUCUUUACACAGUCUGUGGCUGUGACCCAACAAUCUGCUAAUUCUGUCAUUGGGUUUUAAGUUUGUGCUGUAUUUUCUUGCACACUGCACGUGCACACUUAGGGUUGUGUUGAUGAAUGGGUCCAAGAUGAUCAAUUUUUCUGGCUAGUUUCAACAUAAUUGGCUUCAGUGGUCAGAUAUUUUGUCUUUUGUAAAAUGUGUUUUUCUUGACAAUCCCACUGACAAAUAGUUGAUUUAAUGUAAUGAAACAAAACAGAAAAACAUUUGAAAAACUAAACUGAUCUAGACCUAAUUUCUUUGCAGUGGAAAAACAUAAUUGAGCCUUAUAUAGAAAUGGCAUGUGUGAGAUGCUGGAAUAUCUUUAUUUUUUGCUAUGCUGGUUUAAAUCUGCACUGUGUAACUGUUCCAGUGAAUGCUUGUCUCUGUGGAGAAGUCAUUGUUUUGAAUGUAUGUACAAUAUGGUAUUAAACUGUCUCGCAUUGACUAGUUACAUGUGUUAUAUUGUUGAAAGACAUGCACUCUCCAUAGAUCUGACCUGUAAUUUGGUCUGGUGACAUCAUUUGCUUGUCUCCAUGAAGACAGAUGAGUUUAAUGGCAUACUGUGUAGCAUUUCGGGUAAACCAAUAAUAUCGCCGUAGAGAUGAGCAUUUGGCGGACCCUCCUCUCAAAAAGUUACAUAUUGCAGCUUUAAAAUUGAUUUGUAAUAAUAAAACUAAACCAAUGGCGUUUGAUAAUUGUACAUAAUGUUCUAAACCUUUUCAGUGUUGAACCAUAAAUUGACUGAAGACGUGUUUUUAAAGUUGUGAAGGACAACAGUGCCCUGUGUGGCGAUUGUGGUGAAUGGACAGUAUUUUGAAAUUUGUGCCUAAAUAAAAAUGUCAUAGAUUGUUAAUGAGUUU